AAAAGCUCCUGAGACGUUCUCCUCCUUCCAGAGCUAGAAGUUCUCCCACUGUGGCUGCAGCAGUGAUCCCCCGCUCUCGAAACCCCCCAGCGACCAACAAGCCAGUGCCAGAGUCAUGGGCCUUGAGACGGAUCUGGAGACCUGCUCAGGUGGGAAGCCUGCCUGCCAUCCCAAGGCCAUCCCUGCUGCUCACCUCACUUUUGUUAUCGACUGUGCUCGUGGCAAACAGCUCUCCCUGCUGGAACCCCCGGUGCCCCCCCGAGCCUCCGGUCCUCAUCUAGGACCUGUCACUCCUCCAAUGAAGACCUAUAUCUUGUUCUGUGGCGAAAACCCGCCCCACCUGACUCCGGAGGCCCCUGUGGGUGGGGGACUCCUGGCCCAGCCCGGGGGGGCCCUGCCAGCCCGCAGAGGGCCGGUGGCCCCAGCUUCCUCCCCAGUCAGUCCACAGGUCCCCCAGGAGGCUCCUGAAGCCAAGGGGAAUCCCUUGAAGGCUGUGACCUCAAGGUCUUCAGCUUGGGGCACGGUCAUCGGCUCGCUCAAAGCCCUCUCCUCCUGUGUCUGCGGGCAGGCAGAGUAACUAGAAGAGCCUGGCCCUGGAGGAGGGGUUGGCAGAGCGGGCUGGAGAGCUCCGAACUGAGGUUCCCAAAACCCAGCCCCCCUUCCCCAGCCAAGCAGAAGUCUUUGUACCCGAGCCAAGGAACAGCAUUAGAACGAUCAAGGACAUCUGAAGCAGCCAUCACGUACAUGCUCAAAGGUCUCCUCCUUCCUUCCACUUAUCUUGGUUCGCCUUAAGGCACCUGCGUAGGGAAAGAGACUAGUUCAUCCUACAGCAAAUCCUAAUGUCGCAUCUUCUGCACGCCAGGCACAGCAGAGUACUAGGAAAGACAGCACAGCAUUCUCGGAGCUUAUCCUCGGGGCGGUGGGGGUGGGUGAAG